AUGUUCAAACUAACUUUGGCUUUAAUCGCAGUCAGCUUGGCCGCUUUGGUCGAUGCGCAAAACUAUUGCAAUCCCAAUCUGUGUGGCCAACUUAAGCAUAUUGGCUGCAAUCAUAAUGGCGGCUGGUCUGCUGCUUGUCCUGCGAGUCCUGCGCCCUUUAUCAUCCAAAUGAAUGACACGCUAUCCACGCAUAUUGUGCGCAUGCAUAACAUACGCCGAGAUCGCUUGGCUCGUGGUCUGAUCACGGGCUACAGCACCGCCAGACGCAUGGGCACAAUGCGCUGGAACGCUGAGCUCGCCUCGCUGGCGCGCCUCAAUGUGCUGCAGUGCCAGGCCAAGGAGGAUGCUUGCCACAAUACUGUGAACUUCAGAAACAGCGGCCAGAAUCUGUUCCACUUCACCUACGAGGGUCCAUGGACUGAGCGCACAAAUGAGAUGCUCAUCACACGCGCCAUCAACACCUGGUGGUUUGAGCAUGAGAACGCCAACAUGGCUGUCAUCAAUAGCUAUCCAGCCAGCUGGACAGGCUCUCCCAUCAGACACUUUGCCUUGAUGGCGCAGCAGGCGAACAUUGCUGUCGGCUGUGCUGCCUCGCGCUUCGUCACGGAUGGGCUCAACAACUUCCUGCUGGCCUGCAACUAUGCCGUCUCGAAUGUCGCUGGACAGCGCGUUUAUGCCGCCGGCGUUGUUGGCAGCCAGUGCCAGUUGGGCACCAAUGUCAACUUUGAUGGUCUCUGCAAAUUCGCUGAGAUCUACAAUGUUUAA